AUGAAUCCACUUGACGCAGCACAAGCGGAAGGCGCAGCUCCUAUCAUCAUCAUCGUAGAACGCGAAGAAGGAAACGCGGCGGUCCAUCUAGAUCAAUAUUAUUUUCUUGGUGACGAUUUACGAUUGCAAUUGUCAAAUACAGGAGUACUACCAGAUAGCAUCCCACUUUCCUCUCUCCCAGCAGACGUCGCUAAUCGCAUGCGACAAGAAGCACAAGAAAUUGAAAACGAGAAUAUCCCCGCCCUUGAGGAUCCGGAACAGAGAAGCCUUGAACUAACGAAUAUGCCUACGUCUUCGGAGAAAAAGGGUGCAAUCAGAGCACUUCUGAAACCAGUCAAAAGAGACACAGAUGAACUAAGUCCUUGUUUCUGCAACGAACCAUACGCAGAUGCUACGGCGAAGAUAGAUAACAAUUCGCACGAACCAGUGAAGAUGCCAGAUUGUCCACACGUUUUCGGGAAAUGUUGCAUCGUACAAUGCUGGGCGAAAAUAACCCCUCGACUUGCCCAAUGUGUAGGAAAGUGGUUCAUUUACCAAGCGAUAGACCAGUAA